UGACGAUAUUUUUUGUGCAGCAUGUACGACUAUUUUUUAUGUUUUCUUCAAGCUGAAGGAGCAUGACUCAUUUCCACUCCAUUACUGAUUUUUCCCUCUGCUAGUUUAUUUUCAAAUUAUGUUAUCUACUACAAUUUUUACUAAUUUUCCUUGUUUGUUUGAAAUAUGAUUAGUGAGAAGCAGUCACUCUAACCGGGGCCAUGGCUCCGUUCCGUUUGAUCGCUCUGCUGCUCAGCCUGUCGGCGGCCGCGGCCCUCAACUUCACUUCCGUGUACGAGUGGGACCAGUUUGAUUUCAACUGGUCCUCCUCGGACGAUCUCAAGGGGACAAGGAAUUUCGAACCCAAUCAAAUUUAUCCCUUAUACCUGGCUGUGUCCGGGCAGAGGUUGUUCUUGAGCCUUCGCCCGGUCAAGUACGUCCCUGCGUCCCUCGCGUGGCUGCCAACUCAGGACGCAACCUCGUCGCAUCCCAAACUCAGUCCUUAUCCUUCGUGGGCCAUGACGGGUAUGGAAUCCUGCAAAGCAGUUCAAAGUGCCAAGGGAAUCGCAACCGACAACAUGGGACGACUCUGGGUCCUAGACAACGGCCACCUAAAUUGCCAACCAAAGCUCUGGAUUUUUAAUAUGGCCGACGAUUCCGUUCACCUGCUCCACGAGUUUCCGAAUAGCCUCGUCUCCGCCAAAUUUACCAGCAGGAAUCUAAAUGACUUGGCUAUCGACGAGACAAUUCGGGACAACCUGCACGCCUACUUCUCCGCCACCAUUUCUGGCACCGAUCACCUUUUCGUCUAUAGACUGAAGGAAAAUCAAAUUCGGCUCGUUGCAACACAGAAAAUCCAGAUUUUUUCCCUCGCCUUCUCCCCUAUGAGACAACGUCUUUACGUCAGCGGUGCCAAUAAUCCCUCUACACUGUACUCCAUCUCGACCCCAGACCUCAGGGCUGGAGUAAAUUCUGUGUCCCUCGCGCGAGUAGGAAACAAGAUGGCUCCAUCUCACAGAAUGGCUAUGGAUGGCAAAGGGGUUCUUUACUCUGACCUCAUUUCACCGAAAGGUUUAUUUGUGGCGACUUGGAACACGAAUUUAUCCUUCAAGGAAGAGCGAAUCUAUCAGGGUGAUGGUCUCUACGAAAAAUGGCCUUUUACUUUCGCUUUUGACGCACAGGGUGAUUUUUGGAUAACGCUCAGGUAUAAUUCGGUCAAGCCAACUUUCAAGCUUCUCAAGUAUAAAUUCAGCACAUCUCAAGGUUGUGAUGGGAGGAGAUCUUGCGUGACCGUUGGCAGUACAACCACCCCCGCGCCACCCACAACCAAAAGAAUUCCGAGAACCACCACAUCAAAAAAGUAUCAAACACUUGUAGCCAGAAUUUCCACCAAAACACCCGUAACGGACAAAGUACCAGAACCACCAGCAGAACUUAAAAAUUCAAAACGAGAAUCAAUUUGGAUCAUAAUUUUGAUCUGCUCGAACGUCUUCACCUUGAUCUUUUGCGGAUUGGUCAUUCUGUGUCUUUGCAAGCGUAUGAAAACGCCAUCUAGCGAGCCGCAACCAUUAUUCAACAUGGCUUUCCGGAAACACCAACACAAGACGCACUCGAUCCUCAGCGACGAGAUCGUCGCCGAACCAAUUGCCCCAGUGCGGGACCAAAGCCCCACCCCGGACUAUGAAAACACGGCUCCAGCCGCUUCUUCUUCCGGUAAAUUUAGGCCUUAUUCAACUUCGGAUUUGUACGAGGAAGUUCAGAACCCUUUCCCGGAGGAGGAGAUUUAUCAGAACACCCAGCAAAGCCGGAUGUAAAAGUCUUGAGGCUUUUUUAUUUAUAUGAUUUUGAGUGUGUUCUUUGAAGCUUUUGAGUUCUUUGCACUUUUCAGACUUAUAUUAUCUUUUUUAUAAAAUCACCGGGGUCCAGUAAUUGGAAAAUAGACCGUUAGAUGGCUUAUCAGGCUGAUGGAAAUGUAAAAAAAUACGCGGGAAGGAAAUUAUUAGGUCGGCACGCCCCUUUUUUGACGCUUCUGAAUGGCCUCCAUGAUUUGGACGCCAUAUUGACUCCUGACUGGCGGGAAUCAGCACAGAUCGCAACCCGGUGGGAAUUACGACUGCGCAGAAGGUUUUAUUUAGGGUCAAGCAUGCGCAGUAAUGAGUUUCAGGCUCCCUGUGAGAUAAAGAAGCGAUCUAAACAUACUGCGCAUGCUUAAGAUGCGCA